GGAUAGUCAUAGGACGUCAUAUUCCCAUGAGUUCUUCCCAGUGCCUCAUCUUUUCACACCCACUGUUGUCAAGACUCUAGACAAUACGCCCCUCACAAUGUCAGUCGAGAAGAAAGCAGACACAAUCAAGCAAAAAGCUGCCGAUGAUGGGGUCGCCAACCCGUCCGGUGCAGCUGUUGCAGGCUUCGCUGGUCUGUACCUUGCAUUCAUUCCAGUAACGAACUACCUCGCAUCUACCGGAGCCCUCGAAUCCUUUGUUCAAGGUACAGCGCGUCUCAUUCCUGGCUUUAGUAACACCCUGACUUCCGACCGCACCAUCCCCGCUCUCUCAGCCCUAUACAUGUUUCUCACAUUUGGAGCCACUGGCGCCGUCAGUGCUGCUGGCCAGGCGAUGUCGAGGUCGGAAGGUCUUGACAAUAAUCACCCACGUCAGCACCUCAACGAUAUGAGAGGUCUGCCGUUGCGCAUGCGCUCUGCUCAUUUGGGACUACUGGAGAACUUUGCGGGAUAUGCUCUUGCAGCAGCACUUACGCAGAGCCUAGCGCCGGGAAAUAAGGAGCUAAUCAACUUACUUGGGCUGCAUGUGUUGUUAAAGUUGGGUGUUUACUAUCCAGCAUACCUUUUGAACAUUGGUCCGCCUAGAACUUUUGCGCAUGUUAUUGCUACAUCGAGUAUAGUCAGUGCCCUCUGGAAGCUGGCUGCUGGUGCGUAGGCUUAGUAUGAAUAUGAUAAGUAACUACACCAUUGAUGUUAACACAUGACGGUAUAUACACACACGGAAUGUGCAAUGUAAAGCAUCAGUAGCAAUGUCAAUCCCCUUUGAUGAGCAUUGACUCUUGUCAUAUGACUGCCAAUAAC